AUGGUGUCAAACAACUUUUCUCCAAGUCUCACAGAAAGUUCGGACGCAAGUCUCUUUCAGCACGUGCAUCAAGUCCUGGGUUCUUUCAACUAUUACAACGGCUCGGGUAUUCCCGCUCUCAACGAUCUUACUAUUAUCGAGGGAACCUCGCCAGACAACACGACAUAUCAGCUGCCAGUGACUGACCUGCGCUCCCUGCCUAUUCCUCUGUCCAGCUACACUCACGACAAGCAUGGAUUUCAAAUCGCGCGACAGGCCCUUCCCAUCUCGCCUUCCCCAGUCGCGGUCCAUGACCACAAAGUCAUGACCACCGAGUACUACCCUUCCAUGACGGCCCUGCUGAAGAGAACUCUCGACGCGCGCUGCGCCAUUGUACGCAAGCAUUCUCUUCGCGACAUACCGGACUGGGCACCUGUGGGCAUGAACCCGGAAAUCGGGUUUGAAAUCGAUUCUCUGGCCCCGUUCAGCAUCGCGCACUCUGACUACACGCCUGCGGGAGCGCGUGGGCACUUCCGCGCCAUGAAGGAGCCCGACUGGUUUGAUGAGAACGACACGACAGACGGAUGCACGCCUGCGGCUGAGCGAAACAAGUUUUUCCGGUUGCGGCGGGAGAUCAUCGACGCCGAAGAUCGCGCCAUUGCAGAAGCCGGGCUCGGCCCGGAGGUGCAAGGGAAAGGUACACAACCCAGGGGUGGCCACUGGGACUGGGAUGGCGCCAACUACGACGGCCGGCGUUAUGCGUUCUUCAGUAUCUGGCGUGCCUGGGAGACGGUACGUCGAGAUCCGUUGGCCGUCAUGGAUAUGAGCCGCCCCGUAUCUCAGAAAAUCGAGUAUGCUCCGUUGACGCGGACCUACCGGGAUCGCCCGGGGUGUGUGCCGUUUUACUAUAGCCAAAACGCAAUGGUACGGCCUCUGGCUCAGGGAAGAAGAGAUUCUGGGUUUGAAAUCGAAGACGAUGGCGACAUAAGGGGGAGCAGUGUGCCUGCAUGGUGUUAUCUCAGCGAGCAGACACCCGAAGAGGUCUAUUUUCUCAAAUUCUACGACAGCGAGGCCUUAGUGCGCAAGGGUCGGGGGGAGAAUGACAUUCAGACGAUGUGUCCGCAUAGUGCCUUCCAGGUCGCCGGGACGGAGAGUGCGCCGGUUCGAAGGAGCUGUGAGUUGAGGGUCUGGUGCAUAUGGUAA